UAAAGACCACAUCUAUUUUUCUAGAACAUUGACCUCUUAGGAGAGAGUACUAUUUUUUUUGGACAAAAUACUUUUUUUUUUAUCAGUUUAUUUUUAUAGAAGACUCAUUAAUCUUUCAUCUGUCUCCUAUUGAGGAAAUUUAUAACCUGGGAGACAACUUGGAUUGACCCAGUGCCCUGCUCUUCUUGAUACUGGUGAGAAGCUCUUCAAGACAGUCAUCUGGAUUUUUCACUUCUUUUGUUAACAUAUUCUCGAAGGAAAAUCUCCAAUAGACCAAUGGGAAGAAGGAAGAAGACAUCGUCAAAUGUCUCUUCAUCAAAAGCACCAGUCCAGUACUCUCAAAAGGGCCUUCAUUGUCAGUCGAAGAUGGUACUGUUACCAUGUUACCCUCACCAGUCAAUGCCAUCAAUCAAUGAAGAUUCUCUUUCCAGGGCUAAGCUAUACCAGCCUCAAACCAAAUUAUCAAUGAAUCCUCGCUGCAAAAGUACGACUAUACCCUCAUCAUGCCACAAAGAGGCUACAACUAUGAUACUACCCCAUAUUGAACAUGAAGCAACAUUACAACAUCUGGAGACCCAAAGAACAAUUAUGCCUUCGCCACACUUGAAACAUUGGGGCAAAACCACAGCUAUUACCUCACCAUGCCAUGAAUACUGGGCUACACCUCUUUUUGACCUUAAUCACUGGACUCGGGUUCCAUUGAUCCCUGACUCCCUUUUCAAGACCUCAUCUGGCCGUGACCACCUUCCUAAGAUUCCCCAAGGCUGUCAUAACCAAUUUGAGGCUCAACCACUCAAUAAUCAGCCCACAACUCCAUCAUUUCCUGUCCCCAAGACCAGGAUUACAGCUUCAUAUUCACAAUGUAGUCAGUACCAGGCCAAGGUAACACCUGAAGCAUUACCAUGUCUCAAUCCACAUCCAUCAUUGAGGUCGAGACAUUGGGACUGGGUCACAACUUCCCAAUUUCAAUGCCUCAACCAUCGGCAAAAGAUUGAAGCUAUGACAUUUUCAUGCUCAGAUAACUAUCCCAAGAUCAAAGCUAUGCUGUCAUCACAAUCCAGCCACCAGGUCAGACCCAUAACUGUGCCACCAGAAUGUCCCCCAAUGCCCUUGGCUCCAAUGGCUAUGACUGUGUUAACCCCAAUCUCAAACCGUCAGACCCAAGUGACAACUGUGCCACCUAGCCAUGACUCAAAUUGGCUCAGGGCUACCUCAAUGCCCUUACAGUGCCCUCAUACACAUCUGGCUGAGACUCCACUGAUACCCUAUUACAACUGGGUCAAGGGAGCAUUUAUGCCAUCAAAACUCCCUAACAAACAACCUACAUUUCCACCAGGAUCCUACAAUCUAGCUAAAGUUUUAUUAAUCUCUGAUCAACAGGUUAAAAGUUCAGUGGGUCCUGACCACCCAACUGAGGUUUUACAUAUCAACUACUGGGUCACACCUCAACCAGACCCUGGUCAAAAGAUUGAUAUAACACCAAACCCAGAACAUAAAUCUAAUUUUAGAGUGGACCUUAACCAACAAUGUGAAACUCAAUCAGACACCUGCUGCCAACACGAGCCAGUAUCAGGUCUAGAAAAUGAGACCAAGAAACUGCUUGACCCCAAACAUUUUGAAACUCCUGAAAUAUAUCUACAUCUGGAUCACUCUGAUGAGACUUCAUUGGAUAUCAACCAUAAGAAAACACCUUUACUAACUCCUAUCUCCCAACCUGAGGCUGCAUCAGGAAGUAAUGACAGGGAUGCGGCUAUAUCAGCCUGUGACCACCAGGAUGAGGUUGAAGGAGAUUUAGACCACAGGACCAAAGGUAUCUUAGAUUCCAAUCACCAAGUUAAGGCUUCCUCAGACUCUGAUGAUUGGGUACAGACAACACAAGGCUCAGAACACCAGGCCACACCUUCAUUGAGCCAGGGCCAGACUGCCAAGGAUGAAGAGGUCCCUGACCACCAGGAUCAGCCUUCACCAGUUUCUAACCGAUUGAAACAGACUACACCAGUCUCUGACCAUGGCACUACAUCUUUAGAUUUUGAUCAUCUGCCAGAGGCUCCUCUGGCUGCUGAGCAUCAGGAUAUCCUUAGACUUAGUCCUGACUACCAGGCUGGUUAUAAAGAUAACUCUCCAACAGAUCUGGAAAAGAAGUCUGAAGAUGUACCAAAUCCUGACACACUUUCCCCAGGAUCUGACCACCAGACAUCUCCAUCAAACCUGAAGGAUCAGGACAAGGGUACAUUAAACUGUCACUACCCAGCUGAGGCUGUUUCACCUGGCCUUAACCACAAGGCCCAGGAAAGCCAGAGAGAGUCCUCAAAGUCUUUCACACAUAUCCAUUUAAUACAUCCUACUGAGGGCAGUAAGAAUAUCUCCAAAGAAUUUUUUAGCAGUGUCAUCAAUUCUAUUCCCCGGGAGGAGAAAAAAAAUGAUAUCCAAAAGCAGAUUCUCCUGAGGCGGAUGAGGGGUUAUCAUAACACUCAACCUGGCUCACAUUUAUCAACUAGUUACACUGUCUGUUUAGCUUGUGCCUCCUGGAUUCCAUAUGAUUGUCCCCAUGUAAAUGGAAUGAAAGAUCCUUAUGCAGCACAAUUGGUGGUUAUGCCAAGUCCUAUGCCAACUUCUAAGGAUGAGAUGGGUAUUAAACAUAUUCUCCAAGUUCCCCAGUCAAAGACAGACAUCAUUUGGGACUCCACACACUUUACAUCUCCAAUUUCAUUUUCCUGUCCUCACACUAUGCCCCUUAAAUCACACAUUGAUCACCAGUUACCUAAACGGAUGACUUGGCUUGACUUUAUACUUGCUAAAGGUGAUCAGCCAUGUGGGAGGAAAACAUCUGGAAAUCAGCAACAAUUUAAAAGAAAAAUGUCCAUGAAUUUCAGCACCCCCACAGAAGGAGCAAGUAGAAAUGAGGAUGUUGUAAGAUCUCUACUAGAAAGACUUAAAAACAAGAGAACUGCAAAUUAA